GCUGGCCAGGGCCGGCAUGGCGGGCGGCUGGGAGACAGCACUGGGCCUGGGGCUCUGCCUCGCUGCCCUGCACCACGGAGGCUGCCACCUCCCCAGCAUGGCCACGGCACCCCAAACUCCAGCUGUGCUGCGGGACAAUUUCCGCCUGCAGCCAGGUGAUUUGGUGACCACAGCGGGGCAAGCAUUGGAGCUGGAUUGUGUCCCCCCCUUGGGGUACCCCGAACCCUACAUUACCUGGAAGAAGGACGGGGUGACCUUGGACUUGGUAGGUGGCAGGUACGUGGUCACCAAGGGGAAGUUGCAGGUGGCAUCGGCUCAACGGAGCGACUCCGGUCUCUACAUCUGUGUGGCGGCCAAUGCGGCAGGCAAGAGGGAGAGCCGGGGUGCCCGUGUCUCCGUGCUGGAGAAGCCGAGCAUUGUGCGGCACCCAAGCGAUGCCGUGGCGGUGGCUGGCAGCACUGUGGAGCUGGGUUGCAGCACCCGAGGUGACCCAGCGCCACAGGUGCAGUGGCACAAGGAGCGUGGAGACCUGCCCUGGGGCAGGCACGAGGUGGACCGGGAACACACUCUGCGCCUCUAUGCCGUGACGUCUGCCGAUGCCGGCGCGUACGUGUGUACAGCACAGAGCCAGCUGGGCACCGCCGCCGCCACCACCUUCCUUCACGUGGAGGACCGGCUGGCAACGGGCCAGCAGGAGGCUGCCCCACGGGACCUGCUGGCUGUGCGGCUGCACCUGGACAACGGCACUGCACUGCCCACUGCUGCUGUCCAGCUCCGCUGGCAGCUGCUGAUGCCGGUGCCAGUGCCUGUGGGCUACGUGGUGCUGUACCGCAGCCUGCUCCCGGUCACCACCUCCUGGCUCCAACAUGACGCAGGCAGGGAGCUCAGCGCCAUCAUCCCUGCGCUCCGCAGGGGCUACAAGUACGAGUUUAAGGUCCGACCCUACACUGGAGGGACCCAGGGCUCAGACAGCAACAGCAGGCACCUCUGGAUACCUGAGGAAGUGCCCAGUGCAGCGCCCCAGCGCGUCACCGUCAGCCAGGCUGAGACUGGGAACGGCACUGUGGUCGUGAGCUGGGAGCCACCUCCUCCUGAAGCACACAAUGGCGUCAUCCGGGGCUACCAGGUCUGGUCAAUGGGUGAGGGCUGGCAGCAUCCCACCAACAGGACAGUGGAUGGAGCCACCCGCCGCCUGGAAAACCUCCUCCCACACCCCGGGACCGAAUUCUGUGUCCAGGUGGCAGCUUUCAACAGCGCAGGGCUGGGGGUUCCCAGCAAUGCCACCUGUGGAGUCCUGGGGCUGACAGCAGGGAGCAGCAGGGUGGUCCAGGCACUGCGGCAGCCUGCUGUCAUCGCAGCCGCUGGUUCCAUGCUCUGGUUGGCCUUACUUGCCCUCCUCCUCCUCCUCUGCCAGCGCCGUGCCAGCCAGGAUGCCGCAGCCCGCCACAGACUGAUGGCUGGUGACUCGCCGUGGCUUGGUGGUCCCUGGAAACCCAGCUGUGCCCCUCGAAACCUCAGCAGCAGCAGCAGCCUCAGCAGCCGACUCCUGGGCAGUGACGGCAGGGACCCCCACCCCUCCACUCUCUCCUUGGAGCCGCCGAGCCUUGGCCCCCCCACGCCCCCCAUCCACAGCAGCCUCCAUGGGGGACGCCCACCGCCCCUCGGGGACAUGGGGUGCUGUGGUGGGGGACACCCCGGGGUGCAUUCCUCACCCAGCACCCCAAACCCAGCACCCUGGGAGCGUGUACGCAAGAGAGAGCUGCAUCAAGUGCACAGCACCCCACUGCUCAUAGCUGGCCCCAGCCACAUCCCUGUCACUGGAAGUGGAGGCGAGUGGGGGACAGAUUUUGGGCUGGCAGCCAGGCAGCCUCAGCAAAGGGGACAUGAGGGUGACACCGCCAUGAUGAACAGCAGGGACCCACAGCUGCCGGUCUUCAGCUCUCCAAAACCACAUCGGGGCAGCGCUUCACUGGCCUCUGGUGUAACCAGGUCACUGGUGACACCCCCGAGACCACCCCAUGCCUGGCACCCACCAGUGACACGGUCCCCGGCAUCCAUGUGCCCCAGGGACACAUCUCUGGUCACCAGGCGUCCCAAGGACAUGUCCCCAGUCACUGAGAUCCCCAGGGACAUAUCCCCAAUCACUGAAAGCCCCAGGGGUGUGUCACUGGCCACCAGGAACCCUAGGAACGUGUCCUUGGUCACUGAGCACCCCAAGGACAUGUUCCUGGACAGCAGGCAUCCUAAAGAUGUGUCAGUCACCAGGACCCCCAGGGACAUGUCACCAGCCACCAGGCACCACAAGGAUCCAUCACCAGCAACCAAGCAGCAGAGCAACACAGUCUUGGCCACCAGGCACCCUGAGGACACCUCCCUGGUCACCAGGUGCCCCAGAGAGCCAUUACCCGUGGCCAAGUGCCAGAGGGACACCUCACUGUCCAUCAGGCACCCGAAGACCACAUCCCCAGCCAGCAGGCACCCAGAGGACACAUCCCCAGGCACUGGGCACUGCAGGGACAAGUUCCUGGCCUCCAGCAGGUUCCCUGAAAACACAUCACCAGCCUUGAGGCACCCCAACGACACAGUGCCAGACACUGGGAACCCCAGGGACACAUCCCCACUCACCAGACACGCUGAGAAGAUGUCACCAGUCUCCGAGCACCACAGGGACAAGUUCUUGGGAACCAGCAGGUACACUGAAAACAUCUCACCAGCCUUGAGGCACCCCAGAGAGACAUCUCCAGCCACCAGGCAUCCCAGGGACACAUCUCCAGCCACCAGGCACCCCAGGGACACAUCUCCAGCCACCAGGCACCCCAGGGAUGCAUCUCCAGCCACCAGGCACCCCAGGGACACAUCUCCAGCCACCAGGCAUCCUGAAGAGGUGUCUCCAGUCACUGGUCACCAGGACAUGCUCUCGGGCACCAGGUACCCCAAGGACAUGUCCCUGGCCACCGGGCGCCUCUCGCUAGCAUUCAGUGAUGGGGUCCUCACACAAGAGCAGGUGGCUGAGGUCCUGGAGAUGGACCAGGACACCGCCUGCUGCAGACCCCCGGCACCAACCACACCACGGUCCUUCUCACCACUGCACACCUACGGCUACAUCUAUGGGCCACCAGCCUCUGAGCUAGGUGAGGAGGAGGAGGAGGAAGAAGAGGAGGAGGAGGAGCGUACAGCAACGAGGGGCUCUCCAGGAGGGUCGCUGCUGAACGGCUGGGGCUCUGUCUCAGAGGACAACGUUGCCAGCACCCGCUGCAGCUUGGUGAGCUCCUGUGACGGCUCCUUCCUCCUGGAUGCCAGCUUUGCCCGGGCGCUGGCUGUGGCUGUCGAUGGCCUCUACUGCAGCCUUGAGGACACCGAUGGGGCCUACGGGGGUCCCUCACCACCACCAUCGCCCUUGGAGCAGGUCUUCCCAACUGGAGUCCACUCUAGCAGCUGGGACUGGUGGAAAGUGCUGGAGGUGCCACAGAGAUCCAGGACAGAGACAGCCAUGAACAGUAGCUCACAGAACGGUGGCCAGGGGUCAGGGAUUGGCAGCCCCUGGGCCAGGGAAGAUGGUGAGCUGGGGACAGGAGGGACAGGAGCGUGGCAGUCCCCAGGGCGCAGGACACAGCAAGGCCAGAGUUCCCUUGGCUCAGCUAAAAUCCAACUUUAUUAGGCAGUUCCCCAAACAGGGGCUCUUUACUAGGAAAAGCCACCCACAGAGGCUGGGUGGCACCAAGGUGGUGGGUGUCCCUCCUUAUUCACUGUUCUUGUCCUCCUCCUUCCACAGUGUCCCCAUCCCUCCUCAGCAUCUCCACCCCUUACAAAAUUCUUCAUUCCUCUCCAGCAUCCUCAUCCUCCCCAAGAGUCUGCAUCCCUCUAAGUGUCUUUGUCCUUCCUCAGUGUCCUCCUCCUUCCCCAGCAUCCUCAUCCCCUUCUCUAGCCCAGGCACUGUUGUCCACCCUGUGUCCUUAUCUUUCCCUAGGGUUGUUGGCCCCCUGACCAUUCCCAUUCCUGCUGACUAUCCCCAUUCCUUCCCACUGUCCUUGUGCUUUCUGAUAGUUCAUGUCCUUCCUCAUCAUCCUUGUCCUACCUUGUCCAUCCUUGUCUCUCCCAAGUGUUCUUAUCCUUCCCAAGCCACCUGAGUGGCCUUGUGCUCCCUCUACAUGUCCUUGUCCCUCCUAAUCAUCCUCAUUCCCAGGUUUCUCAGCCCUCCUGAGUGUCCUCAUCCUUCAUCAGUUGUUUUGUCCCUCAUGCCAAGUGUCCUUUUCCUUCCCCACUGUCCUCAUCCCCCUGCAACCAUCCUUGUCCCUUACUACUGUCCUUGUCCCUCCCAAGCAAUCUUGUUUUUCCCAAGUGUCCUCUUCCCCCAGCAAUCCUCAAUCCCCUGGAAAUCCUUGUCCUUCCUCCAUAUCCUCUUCCCUCCAGGUGUCAUUGUCACCCAGCCUUCCUUGUCCCUCACCAGCACCCUCAUCCAUCUGCUGUGUCCUUGUCCCCCCCAUGUAAUCUUGUCCCUCGCCAGCUGUCCCCUUCCCUUUCAAUCACCUCAUUUCUCCCAGACAUCCUUGUCCUUUCCCAGCAUCCCUGUUUCUCCCAACUGUCCUUGUUUCCAGGAUCUUUGCCUCACUUAAGCAUCCUCCUCACCCCUCCCCAGCGCCCUCAUCCCUCUUUUUCCUCAUCUGUCCCCAGGGUUCAUGUCCUUCCCUGAGCACCUUCCUCGUCCCUCCCCAGGGUCUCAUUCCUUGUGAAUUCCUUGCCCCACCCCAAGAUUCCCUGUCCCCCCUCACGCUGACGCCCACUGGCCGCGACCUCUGUGCAACCCCAUUUCCAUGGAGCCGCUCAGAAAUAAAAGAACAUCCCUCCGCGUCCCCUG